GGCCACUUUGGUGCCGAUCCGAGUGCGCGUCAGGGCGCGCAGCUUCAGGGUUCUGCUGCCCGGAGAGGUUCGGAGCGACUCGUUUUAAGGAUGAUAGUUGUUGGAUGUUUCCUCGUGUUGCUGUGCGGGAUCACGCGUGUCAUGGCAGGUUAUCCCAUUUGGUGGUCGCUAGCGGUGGGCCACACGUCGCUGGGAACACAACCCAUCCUCUGCAGUAGCAUCCCAGGGCUGGUUCCCAAACAGCUGCGCUUUUGCCGGAACUACGUGGAGAUCAUGCCCAGCGUGGCAGAAGGAGUGAAAAUCGGCAUCCAGGAGUGUCAACACCAGUUCAGAGGGCGACGCUGGAACUGCACGACCGUCAACGACAACCUGGCUAUCUUUGGGCCAGUGCUGGAUAAAGCGACUCGAGAGUCUGCGUUCGUCCACGCCAUUGCCUCAGCCGGAGUGGCCUUCGCCGUGACCCGAGCCUGCGCCGACGGUUCCGCCACCAUCUGCGGCUGCGACACACGACACAAGGGCCCCCCCGGCGAGGGAUGGAAGUGGGGAGGCUGCAGCGAAGAUGUGGAUUUUGGGAGCAUGGUGUCCAGGGAGUUUGCAGACGCCAGGGAGAACCGCCCCGACGCGCGCUCAGCCAUGAAUCGCCAUAACAACGAGGCAGGACGCACGUCUCUCAACGACAACAUCUUUCUCAAGUGCAAGUGUCACGGACUCUCGGGCAGCUGCGAAGUGAAGACGUGCUGGUGGUCUCAGCCGGACUUCAGGGCGAUUGGCGACUACAUGAAGGAUAAAUACGACAGCGCCUCAGAGAUGGUGGUGGAGAAACACAAGGAGUCCCGCGGCUGGGUGGAGACGCUCAGGCCAAGGUACAACUACUUCAAACCCCCCACGGAGCGCGACCUCGUGUACUACGAAGGCUCGCCCAACUUCUGCGACCCCAACCCUCAGACGGGGUCCUUCGGCACGCGCGACCGCGUCUGCAACCUGACGUCGCACGGCAUCGACGGCUGCGACCUGCUGUGUUGCGGCCGAGGCCACAACACGCGGACCGAACGACGCAAAGAGAAGUGCCACUGCAUCUUCCACUGGUGCUGCUACGUCAGCUGCCAGGAGUGCGUCAGAGUCUACGACGUGCACACCUGCAAAUAG